AGGUUAUCGUAGAUCGUAUUUUUAAAAUUUAAACCUUUAGUACUGAAAUUUUGUUUAAAGAAAAUGGUAAUAAUAUGCCUCAGCAUUGGAAUAGCUGUAAUAGGAUAUGCUGGACGCUAUAUAGUUAAAAGACUGCCAAAUAUAUCUGAAAAAAUGGCUGAGACUUUAAAAAACAUGCCACAGCUUAAUUCGCAGUCAAUGGCGAACAGUAAAUAUUAUAAAGGGGGUUUCGAACAAAAAAUGACUCGCCGAGAAGCUGGACUUAUUUUGGGAGUUUCGCCUGGAGCACCGAGAGCAAAAGUUAAAGAACAAUUUAAGAAAGUUAUGUCUGCUAAUCAUCCUGAUCGUGGUGGGUCGCCCUAUAUAGCGGCCAAAGUUAACGAAGCGAAAGACUUACUCGAGAAAUAGGAUUUUAAUCAUUUUU